AAGAUUAACAAGACACGGAAAAGAAACAACGGAGAAGACCCAAGGAAAGAAGAACCGUAUGGACACGAUGAUCAGUGCAACAAACGUAGCCUCUCUGACUUAAGAAUAUUCAACGAUCACUGUUAUUCUGCAGCUUUUUUGGAUCUUCAGAAGAAAAGUGCAUUUAGCGUCUAGUGAUAGAUUAUUGCAAACACCCUAAAACCGCGAUUAAUUUAACGCACGUUUUCCAUAUUCCUGAAAUACUUGGAACGUGACACCUUUUAACUUUCAGGGAGGAACCGAUUGUUCUCUUAUCCGAGGGGGUCGUAUUGAAAUGUUCUGACAAAAAGAUAAAAGAAGUUUGAAAGCCGGGCGAGAAGUCGAGAGGACUCGUACCCGCCUUGCUCGUCGCGAAGGAGGAAUGGGCCCCCGGCCGCCGAUGCCGCCGCUGGUGCUGGCGCUAGCGCUGGCUUUCGGCCUCCGAGCUCAUGGAGGGUCGGCGCCGAGUGAAAUCAAGCCGGAGGUGUGGUUGCAGCAGUACGGCUACCUGCCCCCGGGAGACCUCCGCACACAUACUGCCCGCUCCCCCCACACCGUGCCCUCCGCCAUAGCCGCCAUGCAGAGGUUCUAUGGCCUGACCAUCACCGGGUCCAUCAACGAAGACACUUUAGCGGCGAUGCGCCGGCCGCGAUGCGGUGUGCCGGACAAGUUCGGCGCCGAGCUGAAGAGCAACCUACGCAAGAAGCGCUACGCCAUCCAAGGUCUGAAGUGGGAUAAGACACAAAUCUCCUUCAGCAUACAGAAUUACACCCCCAAGGUGGGCGAGUACGAGACCUUCCAAGCCAUCCGGAAGGCCUUCAAGGUGUGGGAGAGCGUGACGCCGCUGCGAUUCCGCGAGGUGCCCUACAGCUACAUCCGCGACAAGGUCGAAGACUUCGCCGACAUCAUGAUCUUCUUCGCCGAGGGCUUUCACGGAGACAGCAGCCCCUUCGAUGGCGAGGGCGGCUUCCUGGCACAUGCGUACUUCCCCAGCUCGGGCAUAGGGGGUGACACUCACUUUGAUGCCGCGGAGCCGUGGACCACCGGAAACGAGGAUCUUUAUGGGAACGACGUCUUCUUGGUCGCUGUGCAUGAGCUGGGCCACGCGCUCGGCCUCGAGCACUCCAACGACCCCUCGGCUAUCAUGGCGCCCUUCUACCAGUGGAUGGACACCGAGAACUUCCAGCUGCCAGAAGAUGACCGGCGUGGCAUUCAGCAGCUGUACGGUUCAAAAACUAGUGGCCCCUCCGUGCCUCCUCGAGUCACCCCACGCCCACCCUACAACACCCCACCCCCCCGACAUCCACCCCACAAGCCUGACAAGCCUACAUUCGGCCCUGACGUCUGCGAAGGCCAUUUUGACACCAUAGCCAUUCUCAGAGGGGAGAUGUUUGUCUUUAAGGACAAGUGGUUCUGGAGGGUUCGUAAUCGGAGGGUCCUUGACGGCUACCCCAUGCCCAUCGGUCACUUCUGGAGGGGGCUUCCAGCAUCCAUCAAUGCCGCUUAUGAGAGAGAAGAUGGGAAAUUUGUCUUUUUCAAGGGGGACAGGCACUGGGUGUUCAGCGAGUCCAGCCUGGACCAGGGCUACCCGAAGCCCCUGAGGGAGCUGGGUAAGGGCCUCCCCAAGGACCGGCUGGAUGCGGCUCUCCUCUACACCCCCAACGGCAUGACCUAUUUCUUCAGGGGCACCAAAUAUUAUAGGUUUAACGAGGAGAGCAGGGCUGUGGACCCUGACUACCCAAAGCCCAUCAGCACGUGGCAGGGAGUGCCGGACAACCCCAGGGCGGCCUUCAUGAGCAAGGAUGGAGGCUACACCUACUUCUACAAGGGCAAGGAGUACUGGAAGUUCAACAACCAGCAGCUGAAGGUGGAGCCAGGGUACCCCAAGUCUGCAGUGCGGGAGUGGAUGAGCUGCCCUGAGGAGGACCCCAAGACUGGUGGAGAUGGAGGUGGCGGGGGAGGUGGUGGGGGAGAUGGAGAUGGAGAUGGAGGUGGAGAUGGUAGAAAGGAGGAGGAGGAGACGGAGGUGAUUAUCAUCGAGGUGGAGGAGGAGACUGGAGGCGGAGCAGGAGCAGCGGCUGUUGUGGUGCCUUUGCUGCUGCUUGCAUGCGUACUCUGUACCCUGGGUGCAUUGCUGUUCUUCCGCAGGUACGGCACGCCCCGAUACCUACUCUAUUGCCAGCGCUCCCUGCUGGACAAGGUGUAGAUGCGCCAUUGGGGAGGGGGGGGACCAAACAGAGAGGGGGAGCAGGGGAUUUGGAAAGGAAACGGAAAAGGGAGGAGUCGCUAUGUAUGCAUGCCCAUAUCAGACCGAAUCUUUGACCGAAAUCACGAUAAAGUCUAAUACACAUCUAAAUAUUUGAGUCCUCUCGUCAUUUUUUUUUUGCAAAAACAUUCGACGCCACAGAAUCUUCUCAUGGUCCAGUUACUUCCACCUGUCCGCCUUCCAUUGCUCUCUCUGACUAGCCGACGAUUCCAGCUGAAUUGCUGUUUGUUUAGCGUUUUUAAUAGUGUUUGUGUUUUUCUUAAAGCCCUGAAUAUUCUGGACUUAAAUAGCAAUUUACCAUCCGCUCUCCCAACACUUCCGAUACUGGUAGGUAAACGGGUGUCCGCUCCUCAAACACAUCGAGCCCAGUGUCGAUGGGAGCCGGAUCUGAAUGCUCACCCGUAGGCAGAUGUGGCCUCAUGCUGAAGCGAGUAGCUGCCGUGAACAAGGGAACACAAGGUGGCUGGUGCCACAAAUGCAGUCACAGCCCUUCAGGGGGUGAAAGUGAGGCAAAAUGAACAAGCCAGAGGUCAUGUCUUCCUGUGUAUAGCAGUCAAAGGCUGCAUCUCUAACACUCGAACCCCAUAGGACUUUGCUCAGAUGACGCCUCGGUGACAGAGGUUACAUUCUGCCACUCAGGUGAGGUCCGUGAAUCCUCGAGAUCAGGGAUGUAAAUCGAAUAAAUAAAAAAUUAAAAAAAAAAAAUUUAAAACCAGAAAAAGAAACUAUUUUUUUAAUAAUGUGAUGCUGGAGAACUUUGGAGGCUUAAUGUCAUGAUUUUAUAAGCAAUUUAAUCUAAUGUGGAGGAAAACGGUUACUUUAGCUCCUGGUGGAUCGUACACCAAACACACACACACACGUUUAAACAUACAUGUCGUCCAGCCCUUAGGGCCUCAAGUCUGUGUGUGUCUGUGUGACUAUCAAUAAGUAAUUCAACAAUGUGUCCCAGAGUCAACACCUGUACCACACAAAGACGGAGGAUUUUCGUGUUCUCUCAGUUCUCCUAUGAAAUACUUUCGUCCUUAAUCUUGUUUGUUACGAUGACGAUUAUUAUUAUGAGUAUUGUUACUGUUAUUGUUGUUCUCCAUGUGUAGAGUCAAGUUUGUUAUUUUCCCUACAUUGUCUCUGCUGGACAGGGAACAACAGUCCCCAUGGAAACAGGUUCCAUUGUUCUGUCAAAGGGAUGAUUUUUCCCAUAUUUUGAUACAUGUGAUUGAUUGAAAAUAUGAUUGUCAUUUAUUAUUGAUGCUAAGUACUGUACUUGUAUGAAACUGUUUUUUGUCAUAAAGGAAUACAAAGGGAAUGUGGUUUAUUAGUGAAACAAUGAUAAUAAUAAUGAUACACAUAACAGUAACUCAUGAUUUUGCCUCUUUUCACAAUUUUUUUAUAUUUCGCGAAUUAAAAUUAAAUGUUUUUAAAAAUGUCAAAA